AUUUAACUUUGGUUAGGAAUACAGUUUAGUUGUGGCUGUGGUCUUAAGAAGAAUCAAAGAAAGAAUGUAUGAUUUCUUCGUUGUUUGCUCUCACUUUGUUUGGUUGGUCUUUCCCACGUGGGCCGAGUUUUGGUAGCGUGUUAGUUAUGCGUCUUGCCGGAGGUGGCGUAACAGUCGCUACGAGGUCGCCACAGUUCGUCUUUUCGCGAGCGUCAUCUCUUAGCAGGAGAAACAGUAUUGAAGACUAUUUAGCUGUACUAACCUUCGUACGGUCCAUAUCUUUCGAGUAUCUCAAUAGGCAAACGUCUUAAAGGAUGUUCAGCCGCUUCGUUUCUAGCAUUUUAACUGCAUUACCACGCAAUACGUCAAGCAAUGGGCUCGUUCGAUCGUUGAAUGUACCGAAUCUUGGACCGCCGAAUCAGUGUCAAUGGAAUUUCACAUCCGCCAGAACAAAAUUCUUCUACAUAACGAAACCGAGGUAUAACUUUCCAAAACCUUCAGAGUACAAACGAGUUACUAGAUUGGGAUGGCAUGCAAGGAUGUCUACGCCUGCGGGUAGACGAAUUCUUAUGAGAAGAAUAUUAAAAGGCAAACAUGUCUUAAGUCAUUAAUUAUUUUACACAAUAUCUCUCGAGUAGUUCAUUAAAUGUCUCUAUUAAAUAUAUGUUGAAAUAAUGAA